UUGUUAAAAGAAAUUGUCAACAUUUUCGUCACAUAGAUAGGCAGCGUGCUAACUACAAGGAACGUAUGAAAAUAUAGAGAACCUGAGGAAGAUGCUUGGGCUCAGGACAUCGUUGACAGCACUAGGCCGGCUGGCAGCAGCCUUGCCGAGAGGGAGCACCGCAACCACAGGACACAUGCAGGGAAGAGAUCCAGUUUUAUCUGGCCUGUGCAGCCAUCUGCUGAAAUCCCCUCCCCCCUGCCCACUCUUGACCCCCACGAGGACAUACCUGAAGUACAGAACACCAAACCUGCACCAGUUACACCUCCGGGGCCCGCCCAAGCCCAAACCAAAGAAGCUGAAAGGGACGGAGGGUCGGCCGCAGCUCAAGGGCGUCGUACUCAAGGUCUUCAUCCGCAAGCCCAAGAAGCCCAACUCGGCCAACCGCAAGUGCUGUCGCGUCCGGCUGAGCACGGGCCGCGAGGCCAUCGCGUUCAUCCCCGGGGAGGGUCACAAUCUGCAGGAGCACAACGUGGUGCUUGUCGAGGGGAAGCGGCCGCAGGACCUGCCAGGGGUCAAGCUCAAGGUCAUCAGGGGGGCGCUGGACUGCGCGCACGUGAAGAAGAAGACGCAAUAGCAGUAUCAAAUAACACUAUAACUCUUCUGUACAGAUUUUUUGCUAAAGGAAGGAUAAAAAAUGUUCUUCCAAAUUUAUAUUAUCCUCCUCUCUCUUUCGAAAAGUAUGAUGGCCUAGCCACAUUAGCUUCUAUGGGUCAGGCUUUUGGGGAGCUAGAUAUGAUAUAUAGAGAGUGCCCUUUUCUCAUUUCAUCAGCAUCUUGGCAUUUUUAAGACAAGCACACUGUAAGUUGAUGAAAUGUUUUUCAAUCAGUGACUCUUACUACUAGCAGUCUCUGUGCAAACUGUAGCACAGUACAGUCGAAACUGGCCAAGAAGGCUCUUCAGGUUACCAAUAUGAUGUGGACAGGUGUUUACUAUGUAGACAGGAUUCUUGUUGCAUUUGACAAUGGGAAAAAAAAUCACCAGCAAGCGGUCACAAUGGCAAAGUGGUCUUAGGGGUCACUUGUACUACAGGUUUGACUGUGAAGGGUGAAUGGCAUAUCUUGUGUGUCCUUAGUUUAAAUUCAGUAAUAAGUUGUUGUGUUGCCAAUAUGGUACAUUUAAAACAUUCUUGAUAAAAGGACUCUCAUGUUGUGGUCAAAGUUAUAAUGUACCACUGCAAUGAGGAUACAGUAAUACAAUAAAGUUGUUAUGUGCAAGCCUAUUGUUUCAGUUCAAAUGAAUAUGGGCUUCAUACACAGUUCCUAAAAACAAGUAAUUCCCUUCAAUAAAAUGAAUGGGUAAAG